AUGUCUGUAGAAAAUACGGAUCAUUUAAACAACUUUUUCAUAAAUUUACUCUCAGAUCACCAACAAAAUAUUGGCAAAAUACAAAACUUUACAUUACUAUCCAACUACUUUUAUGUCACACAGUUAUUACAGAUACAUGGAUCAUUAUCCCAACCACCAAGGUUUUUGUCAGUGAAUACAUUAGGUUAUAUUCUGAAUAAAUUGAAUAGUAUUAAUAAGGAUACAUUGCCAGUAGAUCAAAAUGCUUCAUCAUUUUUGAAUAAAUAUUAUAUUCACAGUUUUGAAAAUGAACUUCCAAGUUAUGAUCUAGUUACAAGAAUAAUCCAGAAUAGCAUAAAGCAAGUGAACGAAGUCCCCAUACUAGUUGAUGAUACCAUUCUUCGUUUUCCUUCAUUUAUUGAUAAAGUAGUUAGUCUCCAUUAUCCUAGUUUGUCAACUGUUGAACAGGUAAAUUCAUCAAUCGAAAGCCAAACAACUCAGAAUGGCAAACGUUUCCGUUUUCAUAUACUGUAUGUACAAGAUGAAGCUAAAACUAUAUUUACGUGUACGAAAUGUACACGUCAAUGGACAUCUAUGAAAGGUUCAAUUUCAUUUUUAGUAGUUCUAUCUACAUAUACAACUGGACAACUUCAAGUUGAUUGUAUGAUAAUUAAACCUGGAGCAAAUGUAUUUUCUGAAAUAUUUCCACAAGAAUAUAUUAUAUGUCAAAAUAUCUGUUAA